AAAGACAGCUAUAGUUUCCAGACGAAUAGCGCAAAUUUUAAGGGUGCUAGCGUCAGUCAUGACGUCUCCCUACGAUCGAUGAUAUUGCCAUAUUGGUUAUACAAGUCCACCGGCUGCAAACUUUAACAUAAACCAAACCACUCCAAUUAAACAAACACCACAACCAAUAUGCUGACCGUCCUAGAGAACAGUCGAGUGUCUCCGCCACCUGCCACCGUCGGGGACAGGACCCUGCCGCUUACGUUCUUCGACAUGAUAUGGAUACCCUUCUUCCCUAUCCACCAGGUUUUCUUUUAUGAGUUCCGUCACUCUAGAGAGGAUUUCUUGGAAAAAGUGGUUCCAAACCUUAAACACUCAUUAUCAAUCACUCUUCAACACUUCUUUCCAUUUGCAGGCAACUUAAUUUUGUUUCCUGAACCAAAUUCGGAAAGAAAACCCGAAAUCCGUCAUGUAGAGGGUGACUCUGUUUCGGUUACCUUUGUGGAGUGUGAUCUUGAUUUCAACGAUCUUACAGGCUAUCAUCCUCGUAACUGUGACAUGUUUUAUCCACUUGUACCUCUAUUAGGACGUGCCACAAAAGUAUCCGACUACCUUACUGUCCCUCUUUUUUCUGUCCAAGUUACACUUUUUCCUAAAUCCGGCAUCUCUAUUGGGCUCACCAACCACCACUCCCUUUGUGAUGCGAGCACAAGGUAUAACUUCCUCAAGGCAUGGAGCUCGAUCGCUAAACAUGGUACAGAUGAGUUCUUCUUAGCCAAUAAAUCUUUACCGUUUUACGAAAGAGUGAUUAAAUACCCGAGCUCCUUAGAUGAACUCUGCUUAAAUAUACCGGGGAUUCCAGCUAUUACUAUGGAAUACCAGCCUUCUCACCUUGUUAGCCCUACAGAUAAAGUUCGGACCACCAUUGUAUUGACCCAAGAACACAUCAACCGGCUUAAGAAGUGGGUAUCCACUCAACUGCCGACACUGGAAUACGUAUCAUCUUUUUCGGUGGCAUGUGCUUACAUGUGGCGUUGCAUGGCCAAAUCACAUGUUCUUAUUGGAGAAAGGAAUGGAGAUGAUGAUCUGGAAAGGUUUGUUUGUGCUGUGGAUUGGAGGUCGCGCCUCGAUCCACCAGUUCCUCAAACUUAUUUUGGUAAUUGUGUAGGGGCGUCUAUCACACCAACUGUAAAAAGCACAAUUUUAGCAGGCGACAAUGGAUUUUUUACUGCUGCAGAAUUAUUUGGAAAGGCUUUAAGUGAAACACUAAAGAAGAAGAAUGGAGUGAUUGUAGAUGGGGAGACGGUGAUUAAGACAGCCUUUUUGCCAAUUCCGGGGCUUAGUGUGUCAGGAACACCAAGGACCAAGAUUUACGAUGUGGAUUUUGGAUGGGGGAAGCCAAAAAAGCAUGAGACCAUAUCAAUAGAUUACAAUAGUUCGAUUUCUGUUAAUGCUUCCAAAGAGUCACAUGCUGAUAUUGAAAUCGGUGUGUCGCUUCCUGCUAAACAACUGGAUGCGUUUCUGUCCAUCUUUAGCGAAGAAUUGGAGAGUCUUUUGUUAAAAGAGUUGUAAUGUGGAUCUUUCAAUGCGUUCAACCUUUAUUUGUGUC